AUUAGUGCUCGCUCAUAUGUUGUGUUGAUUUGCGGUAAUGCGGCAGCAGCGACGCAUUCAAUGUGAAUAAGAACGACGCUAUUUUUAAAUUUAUCUCGCGCAUAUCAUAACGCAAUGGAUGACGCGACGCGUGACGCGCUCAAUGGGAAUUCACCUUAAACGAAUGCACUCAAAGAUUUUUACAACAGUUGCAAAGCUACUUUCUCUGCUGAAACGCAGCCAUUUUUAUUAGAUCUAUGGCCAUUCGUUGUUCUGUGUUAAUACUCCAUAAUUAUUUAAUAAUUGCGCAUUAAAUAUAAAUGUUUUGAUUAUCAUUGCUAAAUAUGAAGCACGAAAUCACCUGACGAGGUGUGAAUCCAUUUUUUAAAUAUAAUGCUAUGCAACACAAUAUAGAAAAUUUAUUCAGUAGCAAGUAAAUAAACGUUGAUAAUGAGCCAAUUACAGGAUAUAAUUAAUAUAUCAGAAAUAAUAGAGCUGGUAAGACUUCUUCGUCAGAAUGGUGAUAAGAUUUUGAGUGCUUCUAGCAAACUUUCCCUGUCGACAAAAUUAUUGCACAGUCUCAAUGAAACAUUCUUAUUGAUUGUGCCAGAAUCUGAAGAUUUGGACUCUUCAUUUCAUGUGUGUAACAGCUCUAAGAUUGAUAUAUUUCAUGAUGUAAAAUUUCUAUAUGAUUUUGUGCAAAAGACUAUAGGUUUGAAAGUGACGCAUUAUUCUUCUGAUAUUAGAGUUAUUAUCGAUAUUUCUAAGUUCAAACAUUUAAAAUAUUUAGAACUGAAAAAGGUUUCUAUAGAUUUAUUAAAAGGUCUACAGAGUGUUAGAGGUCAGUUAGAGAGCAUUGUAUGUACUGGUAGAAAGGGAGUAUCCACAAUUUAUCAAUUACUAGCUGCAUGUGGAGGUGAUGCUGGAGCUGGUUUUGUAUGGGCAUCCUUAAGAUACUUGGUAUUGCCUCAUAAUGGUCUUGAAUAUCUGGAUGAAUCAUUAGAAUUAGCACCUUGGCUUCAAAUAUUAGAUUUAAGUCAUAACAUGAUAACUAACGCUAAGGAAAUAUCCUGCUUAUCAAACUUGAGAUAUGUGAAUCUGGGCUAUAAUAAAUUAGAACAAGUACCUAUAUUUAAUAUGGCAGUGUUAUAUUCAUUACAAGUAUUGGUGUUGAAGAACAAUUAUAUUGAUAACUUGAAUGGUCUUCAAGAUUUAGAAUGUCUGACAGAAUUAGAUUUAUCAUUUAAUUGUUUAAUGGAGCAUUUGAUUCUUUGGCCAUUACGAAGGAUGUCUACCUUAUUAUGGUUAUCCUUAGAAGGAAAUCCUUUAUCAUAUCAUCCAAAACAUCGGACUUUAUCUAUAAAGCAUCUGCAUUCGAAUUUAUCGAAUAGCAAGUUUGUUUUAGACCAUCUACUGCUUUCCAGUUCAGAAAAAAUGCUAAUCGCGGAAAAUCGAAUUUUUGCGAUACCCACGAAUCAAUCUUUGACUAGUUCGAUAUCUACAAAUGUUAAUUUACAAGAAGAAUUUAAGAAAGAUAGAUCAAAUCAGACACGAACAAUAUCAUUAUCCGAAAAUCUAGAAAAAAAUGUUACAAAAAAUAAAAGGAAGCCGAAUGUCAAAGAAGCUAUCAUUAAUGAGAUCGAUCAGGGAAAAGAAGAAUUUAAGAAAUUGCCUGAUGUAGUGGCAUCUUCUCAUUUAGAGUCAUCAAAGGAUUACUUGGAGACAAAGAAACGCAUUUUGGAUCUGCGAGAAAAAUUUGGCGAGAUUAAUUGGUUGAGCAAUCAUGCAGGAACUUUUGUCCAAGACAUUAUGGGCCUUCAUUCUGCUUUGCAAUAUCCAGAAUUGCAAAUAUCUAAGCUACAGACUUUGGCUAAUAUUAAUACAAUAUCAUCUCUACAAGAUACUCUAAUUUAUAUAACAGAUAAUGAAUAUAAGUCUGAGGAACAAAGGAUUGCAGAAUACAUUGAAAACAAUAAAGAGAUUCCACAGAAUGAAGAAAUUUUGGACAAUCUUCCAGAGAUAUAUACUACUUCUAUGAGCGUAUAUGAUCCUAAUGAAGAAGCUGGAGAUGUAUAUAUCGUUCAAAAAAGAAAAAACGAGACUGAACUGGAAAAUGUCUUCUUGGUGAUAACCCCCGAAGAUAUCAAAGAACGAGAUGUGAUUACUGGAAAAAUAAAAUUUUGUUGGUCAACAAAUUCGCUAUUGUCUUGUGUUCUGGGUAGGAGUGAUCCACCUACUGUUGAUAUUAUUUUUGAUACUACUAGGAAAGAUAGAGAGAACAGACGAUAUUUUGCACAGGCAAAAGAUGCAAAGAAAAUAGUGGCGAUAAUUAGCGAACAAAUCGAGAGGCGGCCGAUACUGUUAAGGAUUUUCAAAUGUAUGAAAUGUUCGACGCAAUUCUCACAAGAUCCGGAAUUAUAUGUGACACUUACUGUUAAAUCAAUGACAGGUGUAAAACUCAAAUGUCCUACUUGCAACAGCAGUUUGGUUAUUGAAAUAGAAACUUCAUCUAAUAUGGACAAUCAAGUUGAAAAGAUUCAGCCAAUGGAAACUUCAACAAGGCUCAACUUAGUACAUUCUGAAUCAUUUUCCAGUAUCGGUGGAAUGGAGGGUGGAGCUAAAUCCGUCACCACUUCUCUGGUGCACUCCGACUCUCACAUCCAAGCUCAAAUCUGCUGUUCAGCGAUGAGUUUAGAAGAGUCGAGGGAAUCGACACCUUUUACAAAUACCCUGACGAAGAAAUACGAGAGUGACAUAGAGAUACUCAGUAAUCCAAGCCAGAGCAGCAUCGAAGUUUUAGAUGAAACAUUAAAGCCAAAUGUGACACCAAAUCGAAAACGCUCAACAGAAGAAAAAUGUACUGCGACUGCUUCUUCUUUAAUGACAAUUCCAGAUGUAACGCCAGUCAUGGCAGGUCUAACGGAAAGUAGUUCUUCAGGUUCAUUGACAGAUAGUAUAUGCACAGCAUAUGAAAGUAAAGUGGUUAAAUCAAUAAACAUUGAUACGAAGUCCCACAAUAGCGAUGUCGAAAAAGAAGUUGGACUUGCUUCUGUGACAAACUUGACAUCAAUGUUAGGAGGUUUGCUACAAAGUAUCAAAAUCAGCAGCAAUAGAGACUUGAAGAAUGAAGAAGCAUCCAACUUUUUUGGCAGUAAUGUGCAAUACUCGUAUACCAAUUUUAGCAGUAUAGAUCAUAGAAUUAAGCUACAUAUUAUUCUAAAUAUAUUUGAGCAUGAAAAUGAAGAGCUUGUACUUCUUCUUAAGGCAGAGAUUUUAAUGCAUUCUAUGCAAGAGACAUUUCCUGGAUGCUUGGUAUUAUCUACAUCCAAAGUUUACGUUCUUAGAAUCGAUGGGCCAGAAGGGGAAGAUCCACAGCGUUGGCUUCACAAAGAGAUCAGUUGGACGACAGAUAGAUUAAGAUCCUUUGUACCGCUGCCAUUUAAGCAGGGCGUUUUGAUUGAACUACAGCAGUCAGGCAAAGUCAGCGAGGAACAUCUCUCUAUUAUUCUGUUAUGUAUUUUACAAGACUUUCAGAGAACAUCAAACUUUUUAUUUUAUAUCACAGAUUUACAAUUACCCGCAAGUUGCGAAGUGGAAUUCUCUAUUCCAGAACGUUGCAGCACUUUGAUGCACAAUCUACUAAUGAAUACUGCCAAUUAUCAGACUGGAGAUGUUAUACGAUUACUGGCAUUGUUCUCUUUUGCGAUUUUGAAACAUCAAACUGUCACUACCAAAUUAAAAUUAUCUGGAUUAAUAUUGACGAAUUCAACGCUGGUUAUGUUGAAAGACAAUAUUCAAUGGCUUGUACCUGGGAGUGAUCAAAUGCCUUUGAUCGCUAGAGAACAAGCUAUGAGCAAUUUGAUUGGGAUAGAACACUAUGAUACUUUAUUAACUUUGAAUUUUUUGGAUGAGAUUGCUGGCCUUGAGGAAAGCUGGAUCUUGAAAUUUGUUUCUCCUGGUGCCGUCGAAGCUGUAAUCGGUUCUAUUCAACCACCAUGGGAAAAAUUAUUUUCGAUACCUUUGCAAGUAACUACACGCAUAACGCAAGAUACUUUGGAGAAAAAUACAAAUACAAAUUUUUAAAAAUACAAAUUUUUAAUGAACUCUUUUCUACAUUAAUUUGAUAAGCUUUUUGUAUUUAAAAGAUACAACAAACUGAAUGUAGCGAUUACGUAAAAGAAUGUUCAUAAUGCGCUGUUGUAAAAGAUUGGUUGAAUAAAAAAAAAUGAAGAAAAGG